CACCAAAAAAGAAGUUUAGGUGACGAGGAGCAUGCUGGGAAAUAGCAAACAUGGCGACCUCUGGUGAGUUAGCCGGCAAAGCUACUUCUGCCUCAGAAGUGGAUGUUUUAUUGCACCCUGAGCUGCUAUCUCAGGAUUUUCUCCAGCUAAUCUUAAGUGAGAAAAAGGUCAGCUGCAGAGAUUGCAGCAGUCGCGACCAGCUCGUAGACCUCUAUAUUCGACAUGUUAUCCCCCGGCCGCAGCGGACGUUGCCCAACAACCGCUGGGGAAAGAGGAUGGCGAAAGGCCGAAGGAAGCUGACACCGCCCGGCGGGCAGGCAAACAGGGAUCACAUUAAUUCCUCUGGAUCACUAAAACUGAAGAAAGCAGAGACCGCCACAGUGUCACCUGGAGUCAUCGACAGACUAAAACCUCCCCCGGCUGUUAACUUGUCCAACCCCAUUCGUAAACUUUCUCUUUCAUCCUCAUCAUCAUCACCAUCAUCAUCAUCAAAAUCAUCAUCUUCGCCUCCCAACCACACCUCUUCACGCAGCACCGACACAACAAGCCACAAACGGGAGGCAAACAGCUCGGGUGUUCUGAAGUCUCCAGAGAUGAAGAAAAAGAUCCAGCAUGUGACUUGGCCGUGACAUGUCAAUAAAGGAACAGAAAGUGCAUCAAUCCUUUCAAAAUGAACAUUGUUGUGCUCCCAUCCUCACUCACUCACUCCUGGCAUAAAAUAAAAUGUUGUACUCAGCAGGCGUUUAUUAGUUGUUAAUGUAGCUGUUUACAAUAAUACACUUUUACCUGUGUAUUAUGUUUUUUAGAAACCUGAUUACUUGAGUUAUUGUGUUAAUAUAUUUCAACCUCAGUGAGGUUAAGUGUGUUUAUAAGUAGUUCACAUAGUAUUGCCGUUUAAUGAUCUCAGCUAAAUACCAUGAAAUUUGAAGGUUGGCGCCUGCUUUUGAUUGUUUUUGUGGACUUUUGACAUCACCCCCUUUUCAAAAUCAGAGUUGCCAAUGUUGUAUUUGUACCAACAGCAUUUAUACAUAAAGUAUCAAUACAAAUGCUCACUCUUUACUGUUGCUUUUAUUACACUAUAAACAAUAUGUCAAUUGUAAAAGUUCUUAACAAGUUGGCAAAACGCCUGUGAGUGACAACCUUCUUGUGUGUAGAAGAUCUAUGACUAAGUGGUUUUGCAGUAGACUUUCAACUUCCAGAAGAAAACAACUACCCGGGGUCUCUAAAUUAGCAGCUGGUCAAAAAACACUGGCAUGAACUGCUGUGGCUGUAGGUAA